CCUAGCAACUCCAGGUCGGCCCGUCCCGAAGGGCGGGAGACAGGGAAGUGGGCGGGGGCGCGGGCACGGGCGCUGGAGUGGCCGGCGGCCGCGGGGUGCACGCUUGGUGCGAGCCCCCGCGGGCCGGGCCGGGAUGAGCCAUGGCAUCGGUCAAGGUGGCCGUGAGAGUCCGGCCCAUGAAUCGCAGAGAAAAGGACCUGGAGGCCAAGUUUAUCAUUCAAAUGGAGAAAAGCAAAACGACAAUCACAAACUUAAAGAUACCAGAAGGAGGAACUGGGGACUCGGGCAGAGAACGGACCAAGACCUUCACCUAUGACUUCUCUUUUUAUUCUGCUGACACGAAGAGUCCAGAUUAUGUUUCACAAGAAAUGGUUUUCAAAACUCUGGGCACAGAUGUCGUGAAAUCUGCAUUUGAAGGUUAUAAUGCUUGUGUCUUUGCAUAUGGGCAAACUGGAUCUGGAAAGUCCUACACGAUGAUGGGAAAUUCUGGCGAUUCUGGUUUAAUACCUCGGAUCUGUGAAGCACUCUUCAGUCGGAUAAAUGAAACCACCAGAUGGGAUGAAGCCUCUUUCAGGACAGAAGUCAGCUACUUAGAAAUUUACAACGAGCGUGUGAGAGACCUACUUAGGCGGAAGUCAUCUAAGAUGUUUAACUUAAGAGUCCGUGAGCAUCCCAAAGAAGGACCUUACGUUGAGGAUUUAUCCAAGCAUUUAGUCCAGAACUACAGUGAUGUGGAAGAACUAAUGGACGCGGGGAAUAUCAACCGGACCACUGCAGCCACGGGGAUGAACGACUUCAGUAGCAGGUCUCACGCCAUCUUCACCAUCAAGUUCACUCAGGCAAAAUUCGAUGCUGAAAUGCCAUGCGAAACUGUGAGCAAGAUCCACUUGGUCGAUCUUGCUGGAAGUGAGCGUGCAGAUGCCACCGGUGCCACUGGCGUCAGACUCAAGGAAGGGGGCAAUAUAAACAAGUCCCUGGUGACUUUGGGAAAUGUCAUUUCUGCCUUAGCUGAUUUAUCUCAGGAUGCAGCCAACCCUCUUGUGAAGAAGAAGCAAGUUUUUGUGCCUUACAGGGAUUCUGUUUUGACUUGGCUGUUGAAAGACAGCCUUGGAGGAAACUCUAAAACCAUCAUGAUUGCCACCAUUUCACCUGCUGAUGUCAAUUAUGGAGAAACCCUAAGUACCCUUCGCUAUGCAAAUAGAGCCAAAAACAUCAUCAACAAGCCUACCAUUAAUGAGGAUGCCAACGUCAAACUCAUCCGUGAGCUGCGAGCUGAAAUAGCCAGGCUGAAAACCCUGCUCGCUCAAGGGAAUCAGAUUGCCCUCUUGGACUCCCCUACAGCCUUAAGUAUGGAGGAAAAACUUCACCAAAAUGAAGCAAGAGUUCAAGAAUUGACCAAGGAAUGGACAAAUAAGUGGAAUGAAACCCAAAAUAUUUUGAAAGAGCAAACUCUGGCCCUCAGGAAAGAGGGGAUUGGUGUGGUUCUGGAUUCUGAGCUGCCUCACUUGAUUGGCAUUGAUGACGACCUUCUGAGUACUGGGAUCAUCUUGUAUCACUUGAAGGAAGGUCAGACUUAUGUUGGCAGAGAAGAUGCUUCAACAGAGCAAGAUAUUGUCCUUCAUGGUCUUGACUUGGAGAGUGAGCACUGUGUCUUUGAGAAUGUUGGAGGAACAGUGACUCUGAUACCCCUGAGCGGGUCCCAGUGCUCAGUGAAUGGUGUUCAGAUCGUGGAUGCCACACAGCUAAAUCAAGGUGCUGUGAUACUCUUGGGAAGAACCAACAUGUUCCGCUUUAACCAUCCAAAGGAAGCUGCCAAGCUCAGGGAGAAGAGGAAGAGUGGCCUUCUGUCCUCCUUCAGCUUGUCUAUGACCGACCUCUCAAAGUCCUGUGAGAACCUGUCUGCAGUCAUGUUGUAUAACCCUGGACUUGAAUUUGAGAGACAGCAGCGUGAAGAACUUGAAAAACUAGAAAGUAAAAGGAAACUCAUCGAAGAGAUGGAGGAAAAGCAGAAAUCGGACAAGGCAGAGCUAGAGCGAAUGCAGCAGGAGGUGGAGACCAGGCGCAAGGAAACAGAGAUGGUACAGCGGCAGAUCCGAAAACAAGAGGAAAGCCUCAAACGCCGCAGCUUCCACAUUGAAAACAAGCUCAAGGACCUGCUGGCUGAGAAGGAAAGGUUUGAGGAAGAGAGGCUCCGGGAGCAGCAGGGACUAGAGCAACAGAGGAGGCAGGAGGAAGAGAGCUUCUCCCGCAUCAGAGAGGAGCUUCGCAGGCUCCAAGAGCUCAACAGCCAUGAGCAGGCCGAGAAGGUCCAAAUAUACCAGGAGCUGGACCGGCUGCACAGAGAACAAGAUGCCCAAAGUGCCAAGCUGCAGCUGGAGAAAAGGAGGCUGGAAGAGCAAGAGAAGGAGCAGGUGCUGCUGGUGGCACACCUGGAGGAACAGCUGCGGGAGAGGCAGGAGACUGUUCCACUGCUGUGGCCUGGAGAGGUCCAGCGGGCCCAGGAGGAAAAGAGGGAACUAGAAGGCAUCCAGGAAGCCCUCUUGCAGGCCAAAGAGGCUGGAGCACGAGAGAACCACACCUGUGGGGAGGAACUGGAAAGGGCUCAACUGUACUUCUUAGAGUUCAAGAGAAGGCAGCUUGUCAAGCUAGCAAACCUAGAGAAGGACAUGGGCCAACAGAAAGACCUCCUAAGCAAAGCAGUCCAAGAAGAGCAGGAAGCCCUGGAGCGUGUAAGAUGUGAAGCCCACAAGGAACCUAGCUUGUUCGUGAUAGAUAACAGUACCAUCCCCUACCGGUCUGAAGAUCUAGAGAAAAUAAAGACUGCAGAGUCCAGGCUACAGAGCAAAGAGCGCCAGCUACGGGACCUUGUGCAAAAUCAUUUGCCAGCUCUGCUGGAAGAAAAGCAGAGAGCUCUUGACAUCAUUGACAGGGGUGCCCUGGGCCUAGAAAACACUCUCUACCAAGUAGAGAAAGAAAUGGAAGAAAAAGAAGAGCUGAUCACACAGUACCAGGCUAAUGCUAGCCAGCUGCAGCAGCUCCAGGCCACCUUCGAGUUCACAGCUAAUGUCGCCAGACAAGAAGAGAAGGUGAGAAAAAAGGAGAAGGAGAUUCUGGAGUCCCAGGAGAAGCAGCAGAGAGAAGCAUUGGAGCAGGCUGUGGCCAAGCUAGAGCAGAGGCACUCUGCCCUGCAGAGGCGCUCCACCCUGGACUUGGAGAUCCAGGAGCAGAGGCCGAGACUUGGCUCUCUCCACAGCAUGGAGAAGUCAGGGCUGUGGGCCAACCUGGACAUCAAACAAGAGGCCCUUGAGAAGGACCCUGUACGGCUAGAACAUGAAAUCCACCAGCUGAAACAGAAGAUCUGUGAGGUGGAUGGUGUUCAGAGACCUCAUCCUGGGACCUUAGAGGGGAAGGCUGCUCUUUCCAGCUUGCCGCCCAGGGCUGAAAACUCUCACCUUGCUCCACUGAUGGAUGCCAGGAUCAGUGCUUACAUUGAGGAAGAAGUCCAAAGACGCCUUCAUGAUUUGCACAGGACGAUUGGUGAUUCUGGCCACACACCUGCUGAUGUGAUAAAGAGUAACGAGGAACUUCACAAUGGUGCCAUUCAACGUAAGCUAAAAUAUGAGCGGAUGUAUUCUCGUUCUUUGGGAGCAAAUCCAGACGACCUGAAGGACCCCAUUAAGAUUAGUAUUCCCCGCUAUGUCCUGUGUGGUCAAGGAAAGGAUGAACACUACGAGUUUGAAGUCAAGAUUUCUGUCCUAGAUGAGACAUGGACUGUAUUCAGGCGUUACAGUCGUUUUCGAGAAAUGCAUAAAACAUUGAAGCUAAAGUAUGCAGAGCUUUCUGCUCUUGAAUUUCCCCCAAAGAAGCUGUUUGGAAACAAAGACGAGAGAGUGGUUGCUGAGAGGCGGACACACUUAGAGCCACUGUGUGAAGUAAAGACUGGAGCCCAUCAGAACUUGACAGUAUGUCCUAUAAGGUGCCAGGCUUCCUUCUCUCUGGCUGGCAGUUGGUGGAAAUACCUCAGGGAGUUUUUCAGUGUGAUGCUCCAGUCUUCGACAUCUCCCCUUCACAUCAACAAAGUGGGACUGACCCUGUCGAAGCACACCAUUUGUGAGUUCUCACCCUUCUUCAAGAAAGGCGUCUUUGACUACAGCAGCCAUGGAACGGGAUAGAUGUGAGGUGACAGAGGAACCACCAACACAGUGCCUUCUCAUCAAAGUGACUCCAAUGCAGGCAGAUGCCUUCCUGCACCAGGAUGCCAGCCUGCCUCCUCCCGUUGGGGCAACAUGCAGCAGCCCACCCAGACCACCUCACACACCAUAUCUAGUGCCUGAGUUUGGGAGUGGGCUGCCAAGAGCGACCCUGACCGGCAGUUGUUACUGUACCUCUGCACUUGAACGUGGCCUUUCCCAUAGUGCUUCCUUCUCAUUGUGCAGCAAGUCAGUCCCCUCUGGCAAAUGGAUGUGCAGCUUGCUGCUCUUAUGGCUCCCAGAGCCAAGCCUACUUGGGACCUCCCAAAGUGGGUGGCUUACCAGACCACCCUUCAGUGACUUUCAUCUGGUUUCCUCUUUCACCAAAAUAUGCUUGUUUUUUUAUACUCCUUCCAUGUGGCUGGCUAUAUUUCAAAGAUGUUUUAAGUUAUGUUGUAUUGUUUUGCUUAAUUGGAUUGGGACUUAAUAUACCUAAACACUGAAGUUUACACCAAAUGCCCUAUUCUGCAAAAAGGAUCUGUCGGUCAAUCAUGAAAAGAGUCUUCCAUGCCUGAUAAACUGGAUGUAGGCAACAUCACUUAAAACUCAUAAAAACCCCUGCAAAUAAGACAUUGCUUAAACCUUCAAUAUUUGAGGGCAUUUUCCCAAACCUCAAUGGCUGUUGUCCAUUCGUGAGCUUUUUCUGCAUAAAACAAGUGCAAAGCUGGAUGCAAUCUUUUAAAUAUCCUUUUGUUCAUGUUUUAGUACAGAAUCUUCAGGAUCAUUAGCUAAAAAAAGAGAAUUUUCAGUAGUUUAUUAAUAAUCCCUCAAUUACUCAGGACAUAAUGUAGCAUUGCACAUCUGUGUACAGUGAAACUGCUUCGUUUAUCGAAAAGGAAAUUGUGAGUAGGAAAAAAAUAUGUGGUAUAUAUUGAAAUGUACAUAACUCUACCUAUAGAUUUAUAUGUAUACACUCCUGUACAAUAGUCCAAUAUCAGGCUGUAUAAUCACACCAAAUUUAUUAAAGGUGUUUGCUUUUUCAACUGUUAAAUUGAGCUGCUAUCAAUAUUAAAUGAAGUCAUGAACCCUA